CUUCUUUGUGUCGGCUGCUUCGGCUGCUGCAGCAGAUACUUUCAGCGGCAACUCCCUGCAAGGUGGGGCACCCAUCUCAGGCAGGUUUUGUGCACCCCACUGACUACUCCCCAGGGCUGCCACACUGCCUGUGGCUUCAGAAUGAAAGGGGAGACCCCUGUGAACAGCACUAUGAGUAUUGGGCAAGCCCGCAAGAUGGUGGAACAGCUUAAGAUUGAAGCCAGCUUGUGCCGGAUAAAGGUGUCCAAGGCAGCAGCAGACUUGAUGACUUACUGUGAUGCCCACGCCUGCGAGGAUCCCCUCAUCACCCCUGUGCCCACUUCGGAGAACCCCUUCCGGGAGAAGAAGUUCUUCUGUGCCCUCCUCUGAGUCGCCCCGU